UACGUACCUACAACAACAAGAAACUCCUUUCGGUUCUUUUAAUAUUUUUUAUAACAUGUUUUGUGUUGUAUUCAACCUUCUUCAUUAGAGUUAAGAACUUUCUCUCUCCUACAUUUCUAUGUUCUUUUAGACGUGGACGCUUCCUCCAUCACAUAACAAACAGAAAAUUAUUCAUCAGUGGCUUAAAGAUUAUUCAGAAGUGAGAAGAUAUAUGAUAAGGGUCAAUUUUGGAAGCUUCAAAUUGUUAAAUUGAUGGAAGAGUUAUCAAAUUAUGUUUCAAUGAUUCAUGGAAUGUAGAAUUUAUCCAUUAUGAUGAAAAUGGGAAUCUUAAACAUGGAAAAGAAAUGGUUAUAUCCUCUAAUUGCUACUUCUGCUUUUUGUAUGCUUUUUCUAGCAACAUCCUUUAACUUUGGACUUGUUUCAUCAAUUCAUUCAAUCAAUUCACUUUUCUUUUUUCUACCAUCACAUUCAAAUAGAAACCAAACAUCUUCACUUGCUUUUGUUGAAAAAAAGAUUUCUCCUUCUUCGGCUCCCGCUAAGCCUUCGACUCCGCGUUUCGCUUAUUUAAUUUCGGGUUCAAAAGGCGACUUGGAAAAGCUUUGGAGAACUCUUCAUGCACUUUAUCAUCCAUUAAAUCAUUAUGUUGUUCAUUUAGACCUCGAGGCGCCCUUGGAGGAAAGGCUAGAACUUGCUUCUAGAAUCGAAAAACAGCAUAUCUUCAACGAGGUUGGGAAUGUGUUUGUAAUCUCAAAGGCUAAUAUGGUUACUUACCGUGGACCGACGAUGGUUGCUAAUACUCUUCAUGCUUGUGCUAUUUUGCUCAAGAGAAGUAAAGAUUGGGAUUGGUUUAUUAAUCUUAGUGCUUCUGAUUAUCCUCUUGUCACUCAAGAUGAUCUACUAUAUUCUUUCUCAAGUUUGGAUAGAAGCCUUAACUUCAUCGAGCAUACAAGUCGGUUAGGAUGGAAGCUGGAUAAACGAGCGAUGCCAAUAAUAGUAGAUCCGGGGCUUUACCAGUCAACAAAGCAGGAUGUAUUUUGGGUCAAUCCUAAGAGAGCUUUGCCAACUGCAUUUAAACUAUUCACUGGUUCAGCAUGGAUGGUUUUAUCCCGCGACUUUGUGGAAUUCGUUGUAUGGGGUUGGGAUAAUCUACCAAGAACCCUUCUCAUGUACUAUGCAAAUUUUCUCUCUUCCCCCGAAGGCUACUUUCAAACCGUAGCGUGCAAUGUGCCCGAAUUAUCAAAAACCGUUGUCAACACCGACUUACAUUAUAUAUCAUGGGACGUUCCUCCUAAACAACACCCUCACAUCCUAAACAUAAACGACACAGACAAAAUGAUCGCGAGCGGUGCUGCCUUUGCUAGAAAAUUCAAACAAGACGAUCCAGCCAUGGAUUUGAUCGAUAAAAAAUUACUCAAAAAGCGACAUGGACUAUUCACUUUAGGUGGUUGGUGCUCUGGUAAACCGAAAUGUACCGAGGUUGGAAACAUGUAUAAACUCAAACCUGGUCCGGGGGCUCAAAGACUUCAAAAACUUAUAGCUGGAUUAACAUUGAAGGCUAAAUCGGGUCAGGAUCAGUGUAAAUAGAUCCUGUGGGAAAUUUUCAUGGUUGGAGAUUGGAUGAAAGCCAAAGUGUUUGGAAUGAGGUUGAAGUGCAAUUGCAUUUCAUUCAUAAUAUAAGCUUGAUGGUCAUGUAAAUCCAAGGCAUUGAUUUAGUUGCCUCUACAUAAAAGGGCCUAAUAUGCAUGACUCAUGAGGAUCAUCUUUUAUUUUUAUAGGUCCUUUUACAUAGAGGUUACAUGAUUUUUUGGAAGCAUCAUGGUCAAUGAUGAAUUUUAUAAUUUUUUUUCCAUCAUUAUUUUUACUUUAUACAUCAUGUUUCAUGAAUCAUGAUCUUUUUGCUUUCCUAUAGACAAGUGAAUUUUGAAGCAUUA